CUAUGCAAAGGGUACUGAGCUCUGCUGCAGUCAGUCAGCAAGCAAUAGUUUAGUGCCCAGGACGCCCGGCGGUGCAGCGCUUCUUCUGCUGGGUCGUGGGGCCAGAGUCUGCAGAUAAUGCACAAAGCCAGGAGGGACCCUGUGGGCAGCCAGUCUGACCUCCUGGAGGGAACAGGCCUCCACGUUUCCUUGGGCAGCCUCAGGGUUGCUGUUGGCACUGCUGGGCAGAAGGAACAGACCUCACCUGCAUCCAUGUUGUGUCUUGUUAUCUUUGCAGCUCACGCCCUUGGCCUAGCUGCUGAACAGAAGGCUGUGCUGACCCUGGACUCUCCCUGGAGCACUGUGUUUAAGGGCGAAAGCGUCACUCUGUCAUGCAGUGGACCCUGCUCUGCUGGAAGCACCCACACCUCUUGGUAUUUGGAGGGACGUUCCUUGAAAUCAACAGAAACAAACAUGCUCCCAAUUAAAGCUGCAGAACUCACAGACAAAGGCAGAUACCAGUGCAAAACCAGUAACUCUACACGCAGUGACACCGUCCAGCUGACUGUCUCUGCAGACUGGCUGAUUCUCCAGGCCCCAUAUUAUGCAGUGUUCGAAGGGGGAGGAGCAGAGACCAGGCCCUGCACAAAUUGUAGUGGCCCAACCCCCACGUGCUUGACACUCUUGGCAAAGGGGGAUGCGAGUGUCUGGGUGACAGUGGAUGUGACUUUCUCCCUCCUGUGCCUGACUGGUGCUUCUGUGGCUACUGUGGUCUGCAUCAGGCACCGACAGAAAACAGUGUGUCCCCGGGAGCAGGAGAGUGAACACACAGUCUGUUCCAUUGUCAGCAUCGAGGAAGGAGGCGGGGCCAAGCCCACAGGAACCCCCCAGAUGGAUGAUCAGGAACACCUUGUCACUUAUGCUGUGCUCCGCAUUCCCAAGCCCUCCUGGGAUUCGGCCAGCAGAGCGAGGGCAUCAGAAGGGGGAGACCCAUCCUGGAGGGACAUUUAUGAGACUAUUCCUGACCUGUGACCUGCGCUGACCCCAGCA